UUUAAUUGGUCAAAACAUCAUUAAAUUUUAAGUUACUUGAACUUAAUUAUAUUAAUUAGUAUAUUUUUUUAAAACAAUUGUCGCUUUAAAUGUAUGUGUAUAAUUGGUACUAAUAUUUAAAUAUUUUUUAAAUUUAUUUUCAAUUUAUUUACGAUUGUACUAUGAAAUUAGUAACAUCCGUUGUAUGUAUAAUUAUAUCAAAAUAUUGAAAUUGGUAUUAUACACAUGGAAAUUUUUUUAUACAUGAAUAAAUUCCUAAUUAAGGUUAAAUAGUAAUGGCCAGUACUGAAAAGAUUGACAGCUUGGAUUUAAAUCAUUGGAAAUUAUGCAAUAAAGAUAAUAGUUUUGUAUUGACAAAAACUUCGAGUGCAUUAUUAGAUACUGCUAGAAUACAUUCAUCAAAAAAUGACAUAUUUGAUAGCCAAAUUAGUUCAAGAUCGUCAAAAAGCUCACAAAUUCGAUGUAUUAAUCCAGCAAUAUACGUAGAACCAUUAAAUGUACUGAAAUCUGGAAUAUAUGAAGAUGAUUUUUCUCAAAAAAAGUCUAAUUCUGUUGACUUAAAUACUGAAAUAUCAAAUACUCAUGCUGGUAGUAACCUAUGUUCUUCAUUUAAUACUUAUCGUUGCGGAUCUUUAAUACCUUCAGAGUCUUUUAAGACAUCAUCAUCGAAUAAAUCGAAAUCACUUCAUACAAUAGAACGUCGCUGUAAAAUUGAUGAUCAAUCUGUAAAUUCUGUUGAUUGUGACCAACCUGAAGUUCAAAGGUAUUCCUUGAAUGGGAAUAAAAUAAUUAAAAUUUCAACAUCUUUAUCUAACUGCACAUUAUCACAACAUGAAAGUGGUAAUUCUGUAUCUAAGAAACAAGCCUAUAAUGAGUGGAUAAAAAAGAAGAAGUUGGAUAUUCUUCGAAAAAAGAAGGAAGCUAAUGAAUUAGAGUUACAAAAAAAAAUAGAUGAGGAAAGAUUGAAACAAGAAAAAGAAGAAAAAGAAAAAUUAGACAAUCAUAAUUUUUUAGUUUGGAUUGAAAGAAAAAGAAAAGAAAAUAUGCAUAAACGGAUGAUUGCUAAGAAAGAAUUUGAAUUAAAACGUCAAAUUGAAGAAUUGGAAGCAAAAACUGCUAUUGCUAAAGAAAUAUAUCUUAAACAAUGGUAUAUAAAAAAAGAAAGAGAAAGAAAAGCCCAAAAGAGAAAUGAAGAAUUAAAAAUGCAACAAUUUGCGGAAGAACGUCAGAAAAAACUUGAAGAAAGUUCAAAAGCUUUCAAAACUUGGCGAGAAAAAACAAAAAAUAGACCUAGACCUGCAACUCAAGGACUUUUGCCUCAUCAACAGGCAAAACCUAGAUAUAUUAAUCCAAUUCCUUGGGUAGUUGAUCAAGGUUCUUCCGAAAUCAAUGAGAGUCAAAUAAUAAAUAACGAAACUACGCCGAACCCAGUGAAAAAUAAUAUUACAAAAUCAAUUGUACAAAAAUAACAUAUUUGCAGAUAUCAGAAAGAAAUUAAUGGUUUUUCUUAAACAUAUUUUUAUUCAGUUUAUUAACCAAUAUAUUGAUAAAUUAAAAUAUUUUUUUAACUAUUCAAUAUAUCAAUAUGAAUAUUUUUACUCCAAUAUCUAUUAAAUUUCGUAAAAAAUAUUUUUUCAUUUAGCCAUUGUUUGCUCUUCAUCCUGAAGUCUUUCUAUAUCCGUUUUAUUCAUAAAAUAAUAAGAAGGCUGUCGCGAUUUCUGGAUAAAAAUUUUUUUGAUUAAAUAAAUAGUGUUUUAAAUUCAUUUUCUUAUAACUAAACAUUUAUAUAAAUGAUUUGCUGUUUUCCUACUUACUAAGUCUUUAUGUACUCUUUUUGCUCCGGCAUUUAUUAAAAUAUUGCUCAAUGUUUCUACAGAUGGUACGCCCAUUGCAUAAUGGAGUGCUGUUCU